GAUGCGGGCGGCUCGGUGGUUGAGCUGAGGCGCUCGGUCGCAGGGAACUGUCAGUCAACAUGGCAGCGGCAGAGGAGGCGGCGGAGAGGGAAAGUGGCGGCGGAGACGUCCUGUCUGUCUACGUGUUCGACCGGCGCCAGGCGGAUUCGGACGACGAAGACAAAGUUGUUAAGUGUCCUAAGGAAAACUACGGAGCCUUCCGUAGCGCCGUGUGCCAGGUAUUUGGCAUUUCCUCUGAAGAAACUUUUAUCGUCACAACCACAAAUAGAAUACAGAUCACAAAUGAAAACUUUGGGGAAAUGGUUAAAGAUGGCACGACUUUCUAUUUGCUACAAUCAGUUGACCAGUCACUCCCCUCUGCAACAAAAGAGCGUAUUGAUUUCCUACCACAUUAUGAUACACUUGUGAAAAGUGGAAUGUAUGAAUACUAUGCUAGUGAAGGACAAAAUCCUCUGCCAUUUGCUCUUGCAGAAUUAAUUGAUAACUCUUUAUCAGCUACUUCUGAAAAUACUGCCGUCCGGAGAAUACAGUUAAAGCUGUUAUUUGAUGACUCACAAGGGAAACCAGCCGUUGCAGUGAUUGAUAAUGGAAGAGGCAUGAGUUCUAAACAACUAAAUAAUUGGGCUGUGUAUCGGUUAUCAAAGUUUACACGACAAAGUGAUAUGAAAAGUGACCAUUCAGGAUAUGUACGUCCUUCAGCAGUACCCCGCAGUUUAAACAGUGAUAUAUCAUAUUUUGGGGUUGGCGGUAAACAAGCAGUGUUUUUUGUUGGACAGUCUACCAGAAUGAUAAGCAAACCAGCAGAUUCUAAAGAUGUUCAUGAGCUUGUCCUUUCUAAAGAAGAUUUUGAAAAGAAAGAGAAAAACAAAGAAGCUAUAUACAGGGGAUACAUUCGAAACAGAAAGCCAUCUGACUCUUCCCAUAUUGUUAAUGAUGAUGAACGAUUCCUGCACAAUCUUAUCAUGGAAGAAAAAGACAAAGAAGGUUUCACUGCAGUAGUUAUUACAGGAGUACAGCCAAAACACGUGCAGUACCUGAAAAACAAUUUUUACCUUUGGACGAGGCAACUAUCACACAUAUACCAUUACUAUAUCCAUGGACCAAAAGGAAAUGAAAUUAAUUUGCCAAUGAAGGAAGCAAGAAUUUUCAACAAUAUUGAUAUUGAGAUUUCAAUGUAUGAAAAGGGGAAGACACCUAAGAUUGUGAAUCUUAGAGAAAUUAAAGAUGAUAUGCAGACAUUAUAUAUAAGUACAGCAGCGGAUAGUUUUGAGUUCAAGGCGCAAGUUGAAGGAGACGGUGUAGUGGAAGGUGUUAUACGCUAUCACCCUUUCUUGUAUGAUAAAGAAACCUAUCCUGAUGAUCCUUGCUUUCCUUCAAAAUUAAAAGAUGACAAUGAUGAUGAAGAUUGUUAUGUAAUAGAAAAGGGAGCAAGAGGGAAAAGGCCUAUUUUUGAAUGUUUUUGGAAUGGAAGACUAAUACCAUACACAACUGUUGAAGACUUUGAGUGGUGUGCUCUGCCCAAGAAGAGAGGUCUUGCCCCAUCUGAAUGUUACAACAGAAUUUCUGGUGUGUUAUUUACAAAUGACAGAUUUCAGGUCAGCACAAACAAACUGACUUUCAUGGAUUUGGAAUUGAAGUUAAAAGACAGAAACACACUUUUUACAAGAAUUGUCAAUGGACAGGAGCAAAGAAUGAAAAUUGACAGAGAAUUUGCAUUGUGGCUCAAGGACUGCCAUGAAAAACAUGACAAACAAAUAAAAUUCACACACUUCAAAGGAAUAAUUACACGCACUGAGCUGCACUCUAAGCGCUUGCAGAGUCCCUGGUCUACAUUUUUGGCAAUAGAAUGGGAUGGAAAGACAUACAAAACUGGGCAGCUGGUAAAAACAAUUAAAACACUUCCAAUACUGUAUGGCACAAUAAGGAAUUUUUUUCUAUAUGGAGAUCAUGAUGGAGAUGUGUAUGCUACAGGAGGAGAGGUUCAGAUAGCUUUGGAACCCCAGGAACUCUAUGAUGAAACCAAGGUUAUACCAAUAUGCAAACUUGAUCGUUCCGUUUCCAACAAAGCAGUGAAGAAGUACAUUGAAGAGGAAAUGUCCAAGCUUCCUGAUAGGUUGUCAGUAACAUGGCCCGAUGGAGAUGAAUUAUUACCAAAUGAAACUAAGCUUGCAGGAGCUACCAUAGGAGCACUAAGAAUUGAAAUACUGAAUAAAAAAGGAGAGGCUAUGCAAAAGCUUCCGGGGUCAAGUCAUGGAGCAGCGAAGAAAUUGCUUGUGGAACUUAAGGUCAUUUUUCAUUCCCAUAAUGGAGAUAAGGAAAUCAUUUCUCAUAUCAGUCAGCAUGGGGGUAAAUGGCCUUACUGGUUCAAAAAAAUGGAAAAUAUUACUAAACUUGGAAACUACACAUUGAAACUGCAAGUGGUUUUGAAUGAAAGCAAUGCCAACACUUAUGCAGGAAGACCUCUUCCAUCAGAAACAUUUAAAUUUAAUAUAAUAGAGGGCAAGCCUCAGAAGUUUUCAAUAGGUCUUUUGGAUCCCCCAUUUCGAGUUGGGCAUCCAUUCAACAUUCCUCUAGAUGUCCAGGAUGAAUUUGGUCAUGCUACUCAUCUGACGGAUGAUAUUGUGCCAAUUCUUGAGGCUAGUGGCUUAACAUUACAGUAUGAAGAAAUAGAUAAAGGACCAAAUUGUGCUGUUAAGGGUGUAACUGCUAAAGGCCUGGUAAACAAUUACCAGGGCAAGAACUUCAAUCUGAAAGUUACUCUUCCUGGUUUGAAGGAGGAAUCCCAGGUUUUGAAAAUCAAACUUCUUCCAGGUCCACCAUGGCAGCUAAAUGUCAAACCAGACACUGACACGUUGAAAAUUGAAAAUGGAACAGCAUUUCCUUUCCAGGUUGAAGUGCUGGAUGAAGUGGGCAACAUAACAGCACAACCAAAACUAAUUGUUCAUUGCAAGUUUUCAGGAGCUCCAGGUCUUCCUGUAUAUGCUGUGGAUUGCAGCAGUGGUGGAACAAAUAUCUUAACUGGACCAGUUCUGCAUGUAGAGAAUAUAAAGAAAGAUCAGACACUUAAAGCAAGGUUUGAAAUACCUAGUUGUAAAAGUGUAUCACCAUUGGAGAAGACUAUUAAAUUGCUUCCCAGUAGCUCUGUUGCAAGAUUACAAAUUUUUAGCAUCGAGGGAGAAAAAGCUAUGCAGAUCCAACACCAGGAUGAAAUUAACUGGGUUGCAGGUGAUGUGAUGCAGAAUCUCAUCUUCCAAAUGUAUGAUGAAGGGGAAAGAGAAAUAUUAAUCACUCCCACACUGGCCGAAAAAGUUAAGGUAAAUUGGACUCCAAAGAUUAAUAGAGAACAGUUGGUUAAUGGCUUAUUACCUGAUGUGAAGGUACCAACAUCUGUGAAUGAUGUGCGCUAUUGUGUAGUUUCAUUCCAUGAUGGGCAUGUAUCUUUGGAAAGUGCAUUCACAAUAAGACCACUUGCUGAUGAGCCAAAACAUAUUAAAUGCAAAUUAAAAGGAUCUAAUACAAUACAAAUGGGUGAAAAACUACAAGAAGAAAUUGAGGUAAUGAUUACAGAUCAGCAUGGAAAUCACAUUCAAAACCUGACAUCAACUUGUUUGGAUUCCUUGGAAAUAGACGGUAGUGGUCUGGAUAAAUCAGAAUUGAGAAUUGUUUGGCAGGCUGAUACACAAACUAUUUGUGUCACAGGAAUCAGGUUUAAACCAAGUCCUCCUGGAACCAAAGAACUGUGUUUUGCUUGGCGUGAAUUUUCUCAUUUCUUGAGACUAAAUUUAAUUGCAGGACCUCCAGCUAAAUUGGUGCUUGUGGACUGGACAGAGUUAGAAAACCCUGUGUCAGUGAUUAAUGGCAAAGAACUACAGAAGCCACUUAUAGUCCAGCUGUAUGAUCAGUGGAAUAACCCAUCUCCUGAACCUGAUGUCAAAAUCAACCUUUUAAAGGCUGGGAACUUAAAGAUCAUUCCUUCAAAUCAGCAGCAUAAAACAGAUGAAAAUGGCAUAGCAAAUUUUGGAGUUCUUAGCAUUCAUGCUCCUAGGGGAGAGCAUACAUUGCAGUUUAAAGCCACAUACAACAAGAAUACACUAAACUGUCCAGUAAUCAGAUUAAAUGUUCAGCCUGACCCCGAGAGACCUGUACGUUUGAAUGUCAAGUAUGACACGAAUGCUACCCUUGUAGCUGGAAACACCUUUCCUGAUUUCAUUAUUAGUGUUAUUUCUGAAGCUGAUAACAUUAUUAAAAAUAUAAGCCCAGGAAGAAUUUAUAUGAAAAUGUGGGAAGGUAGUAGAACUGUACCACAAAAUGUUACAACAUAUGGCUGUACCAAAACAAAUGAUGACGACAGUAGCUUUUUUUACUUCAGGCAGAUUGUGGUUCCAGAGAAAGUGGGCACCUACAGCAUCCAGUUUGCAUUUGCCAUUGACAAAAUAAACAUUCUUAACAGCGAACAGAUUGUUAUUGAAGUGGAGCCUAAUGAACCAACACAGCUGAUGCCAAGAAUUUUGCCAAAUACUCCUACCGUUUCUAAUGCUCAGGCUGUUGGCAGUCGGACCCUUGUCAAAGACUUGACUCUCAUUAUUAUGGAUCAAUAUAAAAACUGCACUGGCAAUGACUUGGACGGGAAAAUUAUAGCUAAAAUUCGAAGUUCAACUGAUAAAGUUAAGGACAUCCCCCUGUUUCAGGGUAAAACAAGUACAGUUGAGUUUCCAUUUCACAGAGGAAUUGUUGAAAUUGAGGAUCUUGUGCUGGCAGAAAAUAGUCCAGGAAGAGAUAGUACUGAAUAUAUUCUUGUAUUUGAGCCAGUUAUACCCAUUUUGAAUCGAUGUUUGGAACCUUACUGUCUGUCUUUUAUGUUUUAUGAUGGUUAUAAGAAACAACAGCAGAUGGCCACUCUUUCAAAAGAGAGAGACAAGCUCUCUAAGUCAAUAACUGCAUACAGAGAUAUGUUUGACUCCACUAAUCAGCUUCUAACUGAAUUGAGGCGUCAAGUUCGGGAGGCUGAAACAAAAGAGGCCCAACUGAAGGAUAAACUGAAAAGACUUCGGAUUGAUAUACCUCAGACUAACGUUCUGCAGUUUGCUGAGUCUCUACUAAAAGAGAAAAUCUCUGAGCGGGAAGGAAUAAUGAAACAACCUAGAAGGACAUGCACAUGUACCGAUUAUCCCAAAGACAAAGAUGUUUUGGGCAAGAUUUCACACUUAGCACAAAUUGAAGAUAAUGAAGUAGCAAAGGUUAUUUCUUGGCAUUUGGCAAGUGACAUGGACUGUGUAGUCACUUUGACUACUACUGCAGCUCGUCGUAUCUUUGAUGAAACCAAAGGUCAGCAGCAGGUGUUGCCUCUUGAUUCUAUUUAUAGGAGGAGUCUUCCAGACUGGAACAGGCCUUUACCUCACUUACAAAAUGGAAGAAAUACUUUCAAGGCUUUAGGAAAUCCUGUAUUUGCCAGGAACUUGCUAACAUUUCCAGAGCACACAGAGAAUUGCCAGACAGUGUUUGGGAUGCUUUUAGGAGAUGCCAUUAUUAUUGACAAUUUGGAUGCUGCCAAUCAUUACAGAAAAGAGCUUGUUAAAAACACACAUUGCCCAGCAUUAUUGACAAGAGACGGAGAGAGAAUUCGUAGCAAUGGAAAGUUUGGAGGUCUUCAGAAUAAAGCCCCUCCCAUGGAUAAGCUUCGAGGAAUGGUUUUUGGAGCACCUCUGCCACAACGAUGCAAAGUUCUCUCUGAACAGAUAGAUCUCCUUCAGCAGUACCAGAAAGCAAUUGCGUGGCUUAAUAAUAUGAAGGCAGAACUUGAUGUGCAUGAGCAAUCAUAUAAUAGUCCAGAAAUGAAAAAAAAGAAAGAAGAGCUUGCAGACCAGGAGAAGGCUCUCAAGUCAAUAGAGCAGGAAUUGGGCAUUACCUCAUCUGGUCGAUGCUCCAAAUCUUCAGUUCACAUGGAAGAACUUGAUACGUUUGACAAUCCUAGCCCUCCAAAAAGAAUGCGGAGAGAAACAGCAAAACGGUCACUCAGUCCAGAAGAAUGGGUAUCAUUUCCUCCCAUGAAGAAACAGCAGCAAAAAGCAACAGAUACAUCAGAUGUUAAUGGAACACCCCGAAAAAAGAAACUAUAGACUAAACAGAUUUCUUAAAAAGUAACUGUAUAUUGAAAUAUGUACAAGCUGGGGAAAAAUAAAUUCAUGUAAACCAUCGUUCUUGUAUACUUAUAGAGAAAUGUUGUUAGUAACAACUGUUAAGCUUUAUUUUGUAUAGAUUUUUCUAUGGUCCUUUGGUUAUUAGACUUCAGUACGUGGAAGUAAUAAAUAUGCUUUUCUAUUUAUGAUAAAACAUUCAGAUUUUGCAAUAAAAUUGCUACAAUA